AUGCCGAGUCGAACUCUAGAUGGUAAGACACCUUAUGAGGUACUUUUUGGUAAACCACCUACAGUUGAUCAUCUCCAAGUAUUUGGGUGUCUAUGCUACUCUACAAAUUUAAAGGGGAAUGAUAAAUUUUCUCCUCAGGCUAUUCCCUGUGUUUUUAUGGGUUACCCAAUGCAUCAGAAAGGUUAUCGCCUAUAUGAUCUCACCGCAGAGAACUUUCUAGUUUCUAGGGAUGUGGUUUUUCAUGAAGAUUCUUUUCCAUUUUUAGACAGGUCUCCCUUUGACGACUCCCAACAGUCUUCCAUUCUUUUCGAAGAUACUUCCACAGCAGACUUGUUCAGCCCCUUUUAUACCAUGCAUCCCAUUCCAAACAUGGGACCCUUCCAGUCCACCUCUGAACCAGUUUCUACAGAGACACAGCUUCCUGGUCCUUCUCAUACUUCAUCUCCAGAGAACCAGUUUUCUGAUCCACCUCCCUUGGACAAUACACCCAUUGCCAUGGCCGAUGAGCUCAGUGCCCUCUCUCAGAAUCACACCUGGAAUCUUGUUCCUCGUCCCUCUCAUAGGAAACCCAUUGGUUGCAAAUGGGUUUACAAGGUCAAGCACCGUGCUGAUGGCUCCAUUGAGUGUUACAAGGCUCGUCUCGUUGCCAAAGGUUUCACCCAGAGAGAAGGUUUUGAUUACCAAGACACAUUUUCUCCCGUAGCCAAGCAUGUCACUGUUCGGACCUUCUUGUCCAUUGUUGCCCUCCGUGAUUGGUCCCUUCACCAAAUGGAUGUCCAUAAUGCCUUUCUUCACGAAGAUCUUCAUGAAGAAAUUUAUAUGGACCCUCCUCCCGGACUUCGUAGACAGGGGGAGAAUAUGCUUGCAGUUGGUGGAGGUGGUGGUGAUAUUGGAAAGAAAAUCAACCAUGGUGGUGGUGAUGGAGGUGAUGAUGAUGGUGAUGAUGAUGACUACUUUGAUGAUUUUGAUGAUGGUGAUGAGGGAGAUGAGAAUGGACUUUUCCGGAGGCGGAUGCUUCUUGAAGACCUCUUUGAUCGAAAAUUCUUAGAAGCGGUGUUGAAUGAAUGGCAGAAGACAAUGAUGGAUCUACCUACUGGUUUCCGACAAGCUUAUGAAAUGGGAUUAGUCAGCUUUGCUCAAUUGGUAAAAUUCCUAGCAAUCAAUGCUAGACCAACCAGUACCAGAUUUAUUUCGCGAGCACUUCCUGAAGGAAUUUCCAGGGCAUUUAUUGGCAGGAUGAUUGCAGAUCCUGCCUUUUUAUAUAAGCUUCUUUUAGAGCAGGCUGCUACUAUUGGUUGCACUGCUUGGUGGGAGUUCCAGAAUCGUAAGGAGAGGAUAAAGCAAGAAUGGGAUCUUGCCCUUAUUAAUGUGCUAACAGUAUCAGCAUGCAAUGCUUUUGUUGUUUGGUCACUUGCCCCUUGUCGUUCUUAUGGAAACACAUUCCGGUUUGACUUGCAAAAUACAUUGCAGAAGCUCCCAAACAAUAUAUUUGAAAAUAGUUACCCACUUAGAGAAUUUGAUUUGCAAAAGAGAAUCCACUCCCUUUUCUUUAAGGCUGCAGAGUUAUGUAUGGUGGGAUUAACUGCUGGAGCAGUGCAGGGUUCCUUGUCGAAUGUUUUGGCUGGUAAAAAGAAGGAAAGGUUAUCCGUGACAAUCCCAACUGUGAGUACUAAUGCGCUUGGUUAUGGUGCUUUCCUUGGACUUUAUGCAAAUUUGAGAUAUCAGCUGUUUUGUGGAUUUGAUAGAGCAGUGAUCAACCAUUUUGAUGUUAUUGGAGUCACGCUGUUCUUGAGCAUGGCUUUGAGGAUUUUACACGUUCAAUUAGGAGAAAGAUCAAGGCUGGCUUGGCUAGGUGUAGAGGCAGAUCCUGUGGUUCAAUCAGACGAGCUUUUGAAGGCUGCUUACAACAGACCAUCUGAGGAUGCUGUGAGGUCAUCAUCAAAAUGGUUUAUAUCGAAGAAUGCCAUCGUUUCUGGGCUCGGUCUCCUUGGAAUCAAACAAGGAAUUGUUGAUGAUGGUGAAGCACGGGCUCCAAAAUCUCAAAGGAAGAGGAUUGUCCGGAAGAAAGUGAGCGCAACUUAAGCUUGCUGGUAUAUUCAGCAGAGUCCAAUUUUGGCACCAGACAAUGAGACAACGCUGAAGUCCUCGAGAAUCCUUGAUAAGGAAAGAACAAUUAGGAGAUGGUGUUUUCGCAAUUUUAGGUACCUCGUAGAGGGAUUAACAAAUUGCAGCAGUUUUUUUAUUACUGUAACAUGGAGAUUAAUUUUGGUGAUGAGUUAACAAAUUCUUUCACUUUGUUUUUCCAAUUUUUAUCUUGAAUUAAUGGUAAUAAAAAUUUCAGUUUAUAUCUUAGCUAAA